AUCAUCAUCACUUGCUGUCUAUUCUCAGUGGGAGCAGAAGAAAGAUCUUGUGCAGGCCUGAAGAUCACAAUCUGAACGGGAAAUACCAGAAGAAGACGCUGAACAGCUGCACCAGAAAUUCAGAUGGAGAUGGAUUGUGAGACAAGAGAUAUGUCCGAUUUUCGCCUGGUGACCCCUUGGAGCCCUGUUUCGCUGGCUACGUACAACGCUGGUGCUGCCGCCGCUAAGUGUGUCCCGAAACCAGAGCCAUUCAAGCCCAAACAAGUGGAGAAAGCUGAUGAUAGUAGUAAGGAGGACGAAGAAGGAGAAGAGGUUAAUUUUCUCGGAGUACUUUGGUUGCGGCCCUAUAAAAUGUUACGAGGGCGCAAACGUGUGGUGAUAGGACCCGGUCAUAUCGUGCCUGCGCUCAUACGAGUGUAUCUCGACAAUGACCAAGUUAUUAUUUUAGACGGGUCUGUGGGGGUGGUACGUGGACAAGUCGUGGUGAAGGCUGGUCAAAUCCUGCCGGACAGAAAACUGAUACUGGGCAUGAGACCUAAGAUCUCGGUGGAGGGACUGUUGGCCAUUGAUCAAGAAACGUUGGAGAACACUGCCCGUAACUGUGGAAUAGUGAGUGUGCCCCUACAGAUAGAUGUCGCUCCCGGUUUGAUGACUGAGGUGACUACUACAUUUGGUCCAUUUGUGGAAGGCGCUAGAUAUAUGAGGAUCUCGAAUGAUUUUGCCGUGCAGGCGAAGGGACUGUUUCAGGCACACGCGGUUAGAUUGGGGCAACACAACGACUUCAGACAAUCGCUUAACCACAAUAACCGAAGGUUCACAUCAGUUAAAGACUGACAAGAAAUCUUCCAGCUAUUUAAGGAAAUCUUAUCGUGCUAAAAAUAUUCUCUAGAUUGUCCUUACACCAACCCAGUCGAAUAUAAUCCACACAUAAUCAUAUCACAUAACUUUUAAUUGUAUCCUCCAAUCUACAUCUUGGUCUCUAAAGGUGGCAUGUUCCAUUCUAUACUUCUAACCAAAAUUCUCUAUGCAAUUCUCAUUUCUCCAAUGUGCCAUUCAACAUGUCUUUCCUAACUCGUUCACAAUUAUAAUAAUAUUUGAUUGGAUGGGCAUGAUUUAAUUUAUGUAAAUACUGCAAUGUCAGACAACACAAAUCAAAGAAGUCAUCUUUUGGGAUGUCACAUAUGACCAUGAUGUGCAGUAGAGGUUCACCAGUGUUAUGAAAGUAAGUACAGCAUCAGUCUUCAUGGUCAAAAAUUGAGCCAAGCAAGGUAACUAGUAAAAAGCAUGUGUUAGAAUUCAGAGCACAGAAUUCUUGAAAAUGUAUCUUAUAGUGAUAUUGAUGGCAAUAUAUUUUAAGGACUUACACGUCUAAUUUCACCAUACUGUGAUGUGUGCUAAUCUGAACUGUUCAGCUUAUAUUAGCCCUUUGUUUCUUCCUGCUCUCCAUAGAACAGUAAACCCUUGCUAAUCUGGAGUAACUGGGAGGAGAUGUAAGCCAGAUUAUUGAAGAAAAGUGUAGCUCUAAGAACAGAACAAAUCAUAACACAGAUAAAUGGAAAAUAUAAUGAUGUAAGUGGUGCUGAUGAAAAUAAAUAACCAAUUAUCA